CAGCUGGCAGUGUUGAUGUUUACAUCAGCAGCUGCUGCAGGGAGGCUGUUGGGAGGUUGCGUCACCGGUCACCUAUUCCACGUGUCUGGGAGAACACGUGGAAUUUACGUGUUCCUGAAGAACACCAUGAUGUUGAAGGUGAUGUUAGAGCCUUUAGCGAGGUUUAUGAGCUUCCAGUGCAGAUAUCCUGGAAGAUUGAUGAGUCUAAACCGAAGCAGAUUACCUUGGCGUGUUUGGGAGACCUGUGAUGCAAGGACCAUAUUUCCCUUCCUGAAGUGUAGCAGUAGUACUCUAAUGCCCUCAAGAAUGAUUACCUGCACUCUAAGAACAUGUUGUUUAGGCUCUCAACACUACAUAGAUUUUCUUAAAGUUCCAUGUGAAAUAAAUUUGAGAACGUCUAAAUGGAAGAGAAGAGGCACCAGUGGACCAGGCCCCGUGUGUCUUGCACUGAUGGUGGCUGCCUGCUGGGAUAUGAACAGGGAACAGAAAAUUAACGAGAGAGAAUUUAUUCUGGCAGCAAUGGUGGGCAACACCGAGCGAAUGAAGGAAUUCUUGAAAAAAGGAGUUGACGUAAAUUGUCAUCACCCUUAUGGUUGGACUGCACUUCAUGCUGCAGCUAUUAAUGGACGUUCACAAGCGGUCAAGUUUUUGCUUGACAACGGAGCUGAUCCCAAUCUUCCUGACAACUUCUCAAAUAUAUUUCAGGUUGCUCGUGAAAACAGAACUUCGCCCACCAGCGUGGAAGUAAUACGAGAGGGAGAGUUUAGCACACUUUUGAAUCAUAAUCAGAUGUUUCGUGGAUGUACUGCUCUACACUAUGCUGUCCUGGCUCACGACCAGGAGAGUGUCCAGAUCUUGCUUGAUGCUGGAGCUAACCCAAUGUUGGUGAAUGAAUAUCGCUUUAAACCGGAAGACUAUGCGAGGGACAUUGGUAUGAGAACAAUGAUGCAGAAGCAUUCUGAAAAAUAUCUUGCUAAACAAAAACAGAAAGAAAUGGAAGACAGAAGAAAAUUUCCUCUCGAGUUGAGAAUUAAACAGCGUAUAAUUGGCCAAGAGGGAGCAAUCGCCACAGUUUGUGGUGCAAUCAGACGUAAAGAAAAUGGCUGGUAUGAUGAAGAACAUCCUCUGGUUUUUCUUUUCUUGGGCUCAUCUGGUAUUGGUAAAACAGAACUCGCAAAACAGGUUGCUGAAUAUCUCCACAAAGGAAAGAAAUCGUCAUUUAUCAGAAUUGAUAUGUCAGAGUACCAGCAGAAACAUGAAGUGGCUAAGUUUAUUGGAUCACCCCCAGGCUACAUUGGACAUGAUGAUGGUGGACAAUUAACUAAAAAGUUAAAAGCCUAUCCUAAUGCAGUUGUACUGUUUGACGAAGUUGAGAAGGCACAUCCUGAUGUGUUGACGAUAUUGUUGCAGCUGUUCGAUGAAGGCAGGCUAACAGACGGCAAGGGAAAAACUAUUGAGUGUAAGGAUGCAAUAUUUAUCAUGACGUCCAACCUGGGAAGUGAUGAGAUUGCCGAGUACGGGAUGCAGCUAAGAGCAGAGGCAGAGAAAAUCACCAAGCAACGAUAUGAAGGACAGCCAGAAGAUAUAGAAAUCACUGAGACCAUCACCAUAUCACGCAGGUUUAAAGAGAAGAUCAUUCGUCCCAUCCUGAAAAACCACUUUCAGAGAGAUGAAUUUCUUGGGAGAAUUAAUGAGAUAGUAUAUUUCGUUCCAUUUUCAAGAUCAGAAUUAUUAAAACUAGUUAGAACGGAGCUUGAAAAGUGGUCAAAGCAGGCACACGAGAAACACAACAUAGAGCUGAAGUGGGACCCCAUGGUGUUGGAUGUGUUGGCUGAUGGGUACAACGUUUAUUAUGGAGCCCGAUCCAUUAAACACGAGGUUGAACGGCGCCUUGUGAACCAGCUGGCUAUGGCUUAUGAAAGUGGACUCAUUACUGCUGGAUGCACUGUCUACAUAUAUACAGAUAUUCCAACAUCGGAUGCUGAGAAGGCUAAGUUGCAAGACACACCAUCUGCAAUCAAGAUUCGUGUGAAAACAAAGGGGACUGAUAGCUUCACUGACGUAGACCCAAGUGAACACCUCAAGUUGCAUGACAAGAAGUAAAGACUGCAGCAAUCAAUGACGAUAGUGCAUGUACUGUAUUUAUAAAGGAUAAACCCGUGAUAAAACUGUUGAUAAUAAAUCAUGCGAGCGUAUAAUUAUUACAGGAUACCAAUUGUUGCAACACAUUGUCUUGAGAGUUUCAUUAUAUAAAUUGUUUUAUGAUAAAUUGCAGUUGUUUAAAAAUUUGAUUGAUAUAAAUUUAUUUGUUGGCGUACCAAAAAUUACAUUAGGGUUUUGCUGGCAAUGUUGCUAAUCGUAUUUUUGGAAAGUCAUUUACAAAUUUCUUUAUUGCAAAAUCAGGUGUGUACUGUAUUGUCAGCACUGUAAAUUUAUUGGUUUAUUUAGCAGUGCCAAUACUGUAGAUUUAACUUUACAAAAACAAUUUUGUUAACCUCUCUUUCAAAAUACAUCUAGCAAUGUUAUCAGCCAAUUCCUGAUACAGCUUCUGGUCCACACUAUAAUUGCUGCUUUUUCUCAGCCCAUCCUCCAAAAAUAAUAUUACUGUACUUAGAACAAGUAUUGGUGGAAUUUAUAAAAGUGGUCUGUUGUACCCCCCAAAAAAGUUUAUUUUGUACAAUUAUAAUUCCACAAAGGGCAUACAUACUUAAUAUGUAUUGGAACAGUAACUAUACAGCAUAACCUAACCUAUCCCAAGUUAGGUUAUGUAUAUAUGUAUCCAUAUACAGUUCAGUAUGGAAUACCAGAUCAACGGUAGUAUACAUCAUCUUAGGCCUACUUUAGUGCAUAUUGUGCAGUAUUACACAAUAUAUAUAUAUGCUAUACUGGGGCCUUAGAAAGUUUUGGUUUGGUUGUGGCCAUCUAUCUCGUGCCCUCUACAAAAUUACUAGUACAAGACGUAUUUAGUUUUAUGGGGAACAAGUCAAUUUUUGUUUGAUGUUCUACCCAUAACUGCUAUAAGUACCAUCAUUUUUGGAUGACAUGUUGUCUUCAUGCAUCUAUUACCAUAUUUACUGUAAAUUGUUAUUAUGAUCUAUCUUACAAUGUCUCUCUGACCUCUAAUAUAUUUAAUAUAUUGCAUACCCUCACCCAGAAUACUCGUUUCUGGUGUGGCCACAAUUUUGAAGGGGAAUUCUGCAACAUUCAGAAAUAUAAAUGGACAGUUGAGUAUUUACAUUGUAGGAGGAGCUUUCAGUAUCCAAGCAUUUGCAUGUAUCAACUUGAUAGUAUGUUAGAAAAUAAAACUAUCGAUAAAAGUCUUGUCCGAUUAAGGCUUUUUCUGUUUUUUUUUGUUAUUUUAAAAAAGUUAGCAGGUCUUACUGCAUAUGAUAGAGCACACAAUAUAUAUUAACAAUACAUUUUGAAUAUAAAAUAAUAAUUAUAUGGUAAAACCUCUG